CGAGGAAACAGGUAUUUUAGUUAUAUGUUGAAGACACAAAUAUGAUCACACUAUCAUAUUUUUUGGAUGAAUCAUGAUAUUUCUAGGAAGUGGCAAUGCAGCUUAAACUUGUUCUUGCAGCGAUGGAGCUCAAACCUUACCUUGCUGCCAUGAUGGGUAUUCUCUUUAUUUUACUUGGAAUAACUUUCCUUCCGUGUUUCUGUUGCAUGGAUAGCGGUUUUCGCAACAUCAUAUUCAGGGACCCAAUACCAAACAUGGUAUUAAAAAAUUACUCCAUAAAAAGUUCAGAGGUACUCAGUGAAGGGAGCUGCAGAGUGAUGUGCUAUAUGGAUCCUAAUUGUGUGUCCAUCAAUAUUGGACCUUUAGAUGAAGGAAAACACAAAUGCGAGUUGAACAACGUCACGGAGGAAAACCAUGCCCCAUUUCUACUGGUGAAUAAACCAGGUUACACAUAUCUUGCAAUCGAGAAUCCCUGCAGCAGCAGUCCAUGUUUGAACAAUGGCACUUGUCAAGCUGGAUUCACCAGCAAAGGUUUUUGUUGUGUCUGUCAGGAUGGAUUCAUUGGGGAAAACUGCCAAAAUUUCGCAAGAAAUUGCGCUGAAAUCUACAGAUCCGGCAAAAAGACUGACGGCGUGUACAUAAUUAAACCUGACGAUUUGCCUGCCUUUGAUGUAUUCUGUGACCAAACGACGGAGGGUGGAGGAUGGACUGUGUUCCAGAAGAGACUGGACGGCUCGGUUGAUUUCUACCUUAAAUGGGCCGACUACAAAAGUGGCUUUGGUGACUUGAAUGGUGAAUUUUGGCUUGGACUGGACAAGAUUCACCGCCUGACUUUAGAUAAUAACAGCAUGUUGCGUGUGGACUUGGAAGACUUUGAAGGGGAAACUCGUUAUGCUGAGUAUAACUUGUUUGGUGUUACAAGUGAGAAAGACAAGUACAGGCUGAUCCUCGGUGAUUAUUCAGGAUCUGCUGGUGAUUCUCUCUCUCAUCAUCGUGAUCGGCCAUGGAGCACACUGGAUCAAGAUAAUGAUGAGUGGAAGAACAACUGUGCAGAGUCGCGUCACGGAGCCUGGUGGUAUGUUAGCUGCUACCACUCUAACCUGAAUGGCAGAUAUCAUCAUAGAGCUGACUCCUUCAAAGCUUAUGGCGUGAUUUGGAGAGGCUGGGGGGGACAAAAACACUUGCUGAAGAGGACCGAAAUGAAAUUGAGACCAAUAGAUUUCUGA